UUGUUCUUAUGAUUUCACCCACCAAAUCAACAUUUCCCCCACAAACCCUUUUCUUCAUCAUCAUCCCCAUUUAUGAAUCCCCACUCACCUCCUCAGUCAAUUUCAUUUUACCCCCAAUUUAUUUCCCAUUAAAGAAAUCAACCCUCUUUUCUUCCCUAUACCCUUUAUUGCCUUUCAUUACACACACAAAACUAUCCUUAAAUUUUCUUGUUUCCUCUGUUCCCUUACUCUACCUUCAACUCCAAAUAAAUGCCAAUGAAUUCACCCAUGUUUACUGAUUUCAUUUCAUUUUCUUGAAGUUUCUUCAAUACCCAACUCAUCAUUAGGGUGGCGGACCGGUGGCCGGAGGCGGUGGGUGGCGGCGGCGGCGGUGGUGUUUGGGUUGAACUGAAAAGGGUUUCUGUUUCUUGAAGUUUUGGGGAAUCUUUAUAUAUUUUUACAUCUUUUUGAGGUGUUUUUGAACAUGGGUUUUGCUUUAGUUAGUUCAAUAGUUGUUCUAACUCUGUUCUUCAGGUCAAACUUUGGUCAACAGCAAGACCAGCCCAUACCCAAUACAGAUGGGUUCUUCAUCUCUGAGUUCUUUAGGCAAAUGGGUUCAAAUAUUUAUAAUAUUUCUGGUCCUGUUUGUUCUUGGCAAGGUGUGUUAUGUGAUGCAAAUCAAGAAAAUGUUAUUGGUCUAAUGGCUUCUAAUUUAGGCCUUUCUGGUUCUAUUCCUGAUAACACAAUUGGUAAACUCACAAAGCUUCAAUCUUUAGAUCUAAGUAGUAACCAAAUUACUGAUUUGCCCUCUGAUUUUUGGAGUUUAGGGUUAUUAAAAAGUUUGAAUCUUUCACACAAUAAUAUCUCCAUGAAUCUUCCAAGUAACAUUGGUAACUUUGGUUCACUUGAAAGGUUAGAUCUUUCUUUCAACAGUUUCUAUGGUAGUCUCCCUGAUUCCAUUGGUUCAAUAAGCAGUUUACAAGUCGUUAAUCUCGGUCGAAACCGGUUCGAUUCCACUGUUCCAUUAGGGAUCACUAGCUGCCAUUUGUUGACUUCUGUUGACUUUUCAAUGAAUAACUUUAGUGGUGUUCUUCCUGAUGGUUUUGGGUCAUCAUUUCCUAACCUGAAAAGGUUGAAUCUUGCUGGAAAUGAGAUAAUAGGAAAAGGGUCUGAUUUUGUAAAGUUGGAAUCUUUAACUUACCUUAAUGUUUCCGAGAAUCUUUUUCAGGGUUCAGUUGUUGAAAUCUUUCAAGAGCCUUUAGAAGUUGUUGAUUUGAGUGGUAAUCACUUUGAAGGUCAUAUUUCUCAGCUAAAUUUCGGUUCUCGUUUGGUUUAUCUCGAUUUAUCCGAUAAUGAAAUCAGUGGGGAUUUUUUCGCUAAUUUGAGUCGAACCCGUAAUCUCAAACAUCUUAAUCUUGCCAAGAACAGAUUUUUAGAGCAACGUUUGAUCAACGUCGAUUCGCUUCGUGGUUUAGAGUACUUAAACUUGUCCGACACCAAUCUAAUCGGUCGAGUGAGCGAUGAAAUCUCGUCGUUAACUCAUUUGAAGACGCUCGAUCUCUCGAGAAAUCAUCUCACCGGUAAAAUCCCGCUUUUGAGCUUGAAAACCCUCAAAAAUCUUGAUCUUUCGUUUAAUAAUUUGACCGGAGAGAUACCCAUUUCUGUCUUGAAAAAGCUUCCAUGGAUGGAAAGAUUCAAUUUUUCUUACAAUAAUCUGACUCUUUGUGAUUCCGGGUUUUCACUUGAAACCGUUCAAUCCGCGUUUAUCGGGUCGUUAAACAGUUGCCCGAUCGCUGCAAACCCGAAUCUUUUGAAGGCGAAAUCUCAUAGCCAUAAGGGACUAGAACUUGCGUUAGUUUUAACCGUUUCGAUAGUCUUUUUACUCGGGGUGUUGCUGUUCUGUGCGUUUGGAUGUCGAAAGAAAACACAAAUGUGGGUUGUCAAACAAGAUUCUUACAAAGAAGAGCAAGUAAUGUCGGGACCGUUUUCGUUCCAAACGGAUUCCACUACAUGGGUUGCCGAUGUAAAGGUUGCAACGUUAGUACCCGUUGUAAUCUUCGAAAAGCCGUUGCUCAAUUUCACCUUCUCGGAUCUUCUUUCGGCAACUUCGAAUUUCGAUAGAGGGACCCUUUUAGCCGAAGGGAGGUUUGGGCCGGUUUAUCGAGGAUUCUUGCCAGGUGGAAUCCAUGUGGCAGUUAAGGUUUUGGUCCAUGGAUCUACCAUGACGGAUCAAGAAGCCGCUAGAGAGCUCGAGUAUCUCGGAAGAAUAAAACACCCGAAUCUUGUCCCGUUAACGGGAUACUGUUUGGCGGGUGAACAACGGAUUGCGAUAUAUGAUUACAUGGAAAACGGAAACUUGCAUAAUUUGCUUCACGAUCUUCCUCUUGGUGUUCGAACGACAGAAGAUUGGAGUUCGGAUACGUGGGAAGUUGACGCGAAUAACGAUAACGGGAUCCAAAACGCGGGGUCUGAAGGGUUGUUGACGACAUGGCAAUUCAGGCAUAAAGUUGCGUUAGGUACGGCUCGUGCAUUGGCAUUUCUACACCACGGAUGUUCACCGCCUAUCAUUCAUAGAGACGUUAAGGCGAGUAGCGUUUAUCUUGAUUACAAUCUUGAACCAAGAUUGUCUGAUUUUGGACUUUCGAAGAUUUUCGGUAACGAUCUUGAAGACGAGAUCACUCGUGGGUCCCGUGGAUACAUUCCACCCGAGUUUGUAAACCAGGAUGGAAGCUCUUCACCGUACGUGAUCACUCCGAAAUCGGAUGUUUAUGGGUUUGGAGUGAUUCUCUUUGAGCUAAUAACCGGAAAAAAGCCCGUUGACGAUGAGUACCCGGAUGAUAGUUUCUCAAAAGAUGCAAACUUGGUGAGUUGGGUGAGAGGUUUAGUGAGGAAGAAUCGUGGGUCCGAGAUUAUCGACCCGAAGAUCCGCGAGACUGGAGCCGAGGGUCAAAUGGUUGAGGCGUUGAAGAUCGGUUACUUGUGUACGGCCGAUCUUCCAGCUAAGAGGCCGCGUAUGCAACAAGUGGUUGGACUUUUAAAGGAUCUUGAACAGCUAUGAGUUGAAUCAAUGAGAAGCUUCAAAUGACAUUUAGUUUAUUUAUAUUGUGUUCUUGUUGGUUUUUCUAAUCUUUUUUUUUCUAUAAGGUUGUGAAGUUAUGUUUUGUUAUUGUGUACAGUUUGUUUUUAAAGAUGAUAAAAAGAUCAACACUUUCUUGAUCCAACUUCUUUGCC